UGGAGUAGUCGACUUCCUCUCUUCAGUCUCUUCUAAUAUUCUUCUUCACUUCUUCCCGAUCGGGAAAUCUCAUCCUCAAUGAGUCCAAGACUGCAUGACCAACACUAAAGAAGGAGCUUCUCAUAUCUCAGUCCUCACAUCCUUGGCCCUUGGUUCCUCCACUUCUCAGUCCUCCGAUCAGUAAUCUCCAACUCCAAAUCGGAUUAGCCGAUUAGCUAUUAGAGUUUUGGAUUGGCAUUUAGCAAUUAUUAAAGCUGUGCAGGCAGCAUGGCGCAUGAUAUCACUGGAUUCACUGCUAUCACGCAGCAGGGCGCAAGCUAUCACUGGAUUCACUGCUAUCACAUUCGAAAUAUCGGCCGAUAUAUCGAACAUUUCGAACACUGCCUGCAGACGUUGCUGUUGUGUGCAAGGAACAAUGACGCGAAGAUGUCUCUCUCUUGCUGGUAUGUUCCUAAUUCCUAACUAUCAGGGUAUGAUUAAAGUCGUCCAAAUCAUGACCAUGAUUAAGAACUUGCAAACAGAACUGACUCACAUUAUCACCAACAAGGCAACAAUAUGCCAAUACUGUUUGAAAAAUAAAGCAGACAUACCAUCAUGA